AUGAGGAAAGAGAGCCUAUGCAUUAAAAUGGGUUACGAUUCUCUCGAUUUAGUUGAUUCUAUUCGUGAGGUUGGGGAACACAAUAUAAGAAUGUUGAGUACGUCAUGUAACAUGGCGCUUCUCAAGAAACUUUUACAAAUUUUCAUUAAUUUAAUCACAAUAACAACAUUAACUCAUAGUGCACAACUUCCUCCAGUCAAACGACAAGCCACACUACUAGUGAAAGAACCAACAGUACAAAUACAAUGUCUGCAAGGUUCCAUUCUUAUAACAAUAAAAAAUGCUCCAUCGAGCUACGACGGGUUCUUUAGCGGACGAAUUUAUCCCAAAGGACUUGCGAAGAACUCAACAUGUCUGACAGAGUACAGGGAUUAUCAAGGCCCUUUAAAAUACAAACUGCCACUAAGGAGUUGCAACACAAUGCCAAUAGAGACGGACGAUGGAAGCAUUGAGUUCUUCAAUACGAUAGUACUGCAGCCGCAUCUAAAGCUUAUGACCGACUUAGGAAGAGGUUAUCAUAUCAGAUGUCGCUACAAGAAUCGAGAGGCAGCGAUCAAAUCAACUGGAUCUUUCGGUGUGUCAAAAGAUGAUGUUGAUGUUCAGAGACCUCAAGCUUACACAAGUGAUGAGAAGAAGGAUAGACGUGAACAUGGGAGAGUACUUAUUCAUGGUAGUGACUCAUCUAAUGAAAUUCCAAUGCCUGCGUGCCAUAUGAAAAUUUAUACAGGCAAUAAACUAGCCGAGAGUGUACAGAUUGGCGAUCAAUUGAAAUUGAUUGUUAACAUCGAUAAACAAGAUCAAUAUGGUCUUCAUGUCACCGAUUGUUCAGUAAGAGAUGGUCUCGGAUGGGGUGAACAGAGGUUGAUUGACGCCACUGGCUGUCCACUCGAUCAAGAAAUCGUCGGUCCAUUCGAUUACGAUAGUGAUCGUACAAAAGCUACUGUAUCAUUUCCUGCCCACAAGUUUCCAUACACUACAUCUGUUUAUUAUCAAUGUAAUGUAAGACUGUGUUCAUUGCACGAAGAAAACUGCCAUAAGACACCAUCAUGUAAUGGAACGAGAAGAACAAAACGAGCAACAGAUGAGGACGACGAUGGUUUACCGGCAACGAUUGAGGUGUUCUCAGGUCUUUAUGUCAACGAGAAUGCCGAAGUGAUUGAUGAUGGCUACGAUUCAGUACUCAAAGAGAAGAAUCCAGACGAUGCGAUUUGCGUAUCCCAGCGAAGUUUCGCCAUUGCGGUGUCAAUAACUGGUCUUUGUCUUAUGUUGGCAGUUGUUCUCGCUGUGCUGUGUAUAUUAGCAAGACGACGAGAUAAGAAUGUAUCGUCAAAUUCUGGCAGCUCAAUAUAUAGCGGUCCAUAUACAAAUACAGCAUACUCGCAUACGAGUUAGUCAGUCCAGUCAAUUAAUUUGGAAGAAUUAA